AUGCAAAUGUUGCAGUCAGAGAAGACUACAACCAGCUUAGAUCCGAGGGUCUUCGAACUACCAGUUUAUAAGGGUCCAUCACUUCAGUACCGCAUACCCAUUGCUUUCGCCGAAGUGCUGGAUCUAAGCGACAAUAAAUUAACUGGUGAGAUCCCUGCCGAGAUCGGCCAGCUGAAAUCCCUUCUUUCCCUCAAUUUGAGCUUCAAUGCCCUAACAGGACAGAUCCCAAUAUCUGUAUGCAAUCUCACAAACCUGCACGUACUGGACUUCUCUAGCAACAAUCUCAUUGGUGCAAUACCAGCUGCAUUGAACAACCUGCACUUCCUUUCAGCAUUCAACAUUUCUUACAAUGACCUAGAAGGUCCUAUCCCAUACGGAGGUCAGGUUUACACAUUCCCAAAUUCUAGCUUCGAUGGGAAUCCAAAGCUCUGUGGCUCUAUGCUCACUCACAAAUGUGAUCCAGCUUCAACACGUCCGCCCACCACUAUGGCAACCAAACAAACUGACUACAAGGCCGCCUUCGCGAUUGCCUUCAGCGCGUUCUUUGGUGUAGGGGUGUUGUAUGAUCAGCUAGUCUUAUCAAGGUUUUUGCGCUAG